GUUUGUUGAGGCGUAAAGGUGGUCGUCGGUUGUUGGUUACCUAUAUGUGCUGCAAGCCGCCUUUGGCCGGCUGGUGAGUUAUGUGAUAGAAGAAGGUACCCGGGCAAUCGUGCAGGUCUACAUUUCCAGUUGCAGUCGUUGACGUCCCGUUGAGUGGCCAGGAGCGUGUAGAAUAUCCGAUGAGCUGAAAGUGGAAGAAUUUCGACGAGGAGUGAAAAACUUUGGCGAAACGAUACUGAAAUCAAUUACGAUGAGGGUUUUUGUCGUAGCACUGGUGGCAUGCAUGUGCCAUCGGGCAGCCCCCCUUCCCCAGGUGGUGGUCAAAAGUGAUGUCCUCAACGAAGAGGAAAUGAAGCAGAUCCUAAAGCAGUAUGAUACCGAAGUGCGCAGUUACUGCAACCGACAGGUGCAAGCCAACUGGAAUGUUGCCACUGACACCGAGAACACUGCCUAUCAGGAGGAACAGAACAAUAUGACGCUGGAGUACGCCAAAUUCCGGAACGAAUUCUACGAUCAAUAUUUCAAGGAUGCUCAGGUGCAAAACUAUGAGGAUCCGAAGGUGCGGAAGCAGCUAACACUGUUGAAGGACCUCGGAACGGCUGCGCUGCCAACCAGUGAUCUGGAAGAUUACAACAAAGUUAUGCGAAGGAUGGAUGCGGCUUAUCAGCUGGCGGAAGUUUGUCCGUACACUGACCAAAAUUGUGCUUCAGGGUCACAAAAGUGGACACUGGAUCCGGAGAUGGAACACGUCAUGGCGACGUCGAAUGAUUACGAUGAGUUAUCGUACACCUGGAGGCGGUGGCGUGAGGAAUCCGGAAAAAAGAUGCGCGAUGACUACAAACUGUACGUGGACUAUGUAAACCAGGCGGCUGAACUGAACGGAUAUGCGGACUACGGUGAAAUGUGGCGAGCUCGGUAUGACGAUUCGGAUUUACGAGGAACGCUGGAGCGGCUCUGGAAAGAGGUUGAACCUCUCUACAAUGAGCUGCAUACCUACGUGAGGUACAAACUGUUGGAUAAGUAUGGCGAUAAAAUGGAUCGGAACAAUGAGAAAAUACCGGCGCACCUUCUGGGCAAUAUGUGGGCACAGUCUUGGGUCAACCUGUACGAUCGGAUUAAGCCCUUCCCGAACGCGAGUUUGGUAGAUGUCACCGCCAAAAUGCAACAACUAGGAUUCAACGCUGCUAAAAUGUUUGAGAUGUCGGACGAGUUCUACCAAAGCCUUGGGCUUCCAAGUAGUGCCAUGAGUUAUGGACCGAAAGCAGUUAUUGAAAAGCAACCACAGAAAAUGGUUUGUCAUGCUUCGGCGUGGGACUUUUGUGAUGGCGAAGACUUCCGCAUCAAGAUGUGUACCAACGUCAAUAUGGAAGAUUUCGUAACCGUGCAUCACGAGAUGGGUCAUAUCAUGUACUACAUUCUGUACAAGAAUCAACCGCAGUUGUUCAAGACCGGAGCAACUCCAGCGUUCCACGAAGCCGUUGGCGAUACGAUUGCUUUGUCCGUAGCCACUCCAAAGCAUUUGCAGAAGGUUGGACUGCUGGAUGAGUACGCUGACAGUGAAGCCGACAACAUCAAUGCGCUGUUUGAAAUGGCUUUGGAAAGAGUCGCCUUCCUGCCAUUUGGUUAUCUGAUUGAUCAGUGGCGUUGGGAUGUGUUCAGCGGAGCGGUCAAUGAGAGCCAGUGGAAUUCUCACUGGUGGAGUCUGCGAGAGAAGUAUCAGAAGGUGUAUGCUCCUGUCGAGCGAUCGGAAAAUGACUUCGACCCUGGCGCGAAGUAUCAUAUCCCUGCGAACUCGCAGUACAUUGCAUAUUUUUUGGCACAUAUCUUGGAAUUCCAGUUCUACCGGUCGCUUUGCAUUGAAGCUGGAGAGUACAAUCCAUAUGAUAGUUCAGCCAGUCCUUUGCAUAAGUGUGAUUUCUACAACAGCAAGGCUGCAGGUAACAAACUGAAGGAAGGCCUAUCGCUAGGCUACAGUGAAGACUGGAGGUUCGCACUGGAGAAGCUGACUGGAGGUCAGAGCAUAAGCGGCAACGCUUUGCUGGAAUACUUUGCACCGCUAUACGACUUUUUGAAGAAGGAGAACGAAAAAAUGAAGAAUGCAGACAUGCAAACCGUGGUGGAAAACUACAGCAAGGAGUACGAGGUGGCCUGCAAUAAACAGGUCAAGGCUCAGUAUGCCACGCAGGUCGACGUAGGAAAUGUUACCUUGCUGCAGGAACUGACGGAAAUCAUGAACGAAAACACCAAAUUCGUACUGGAUAACUACAACCGGUACUUUGCCCAGGUGAAAGCAGAGGAUUACACGGAGCCAGAACUUCGCCGACAGCUACAAUAUCUGACGCAGAUAUCGAUCAAUCAUCUGCCAGCGGAGGAGUUUACUGCGCUGAACAACGCACUUGGCAGGAUGCAGCACAUCUACAGUAGCACUCUGAUUUGCCCGUACGAGCAGCAAAAUUGUACUGACGCCAGUAUGAGCCUGGAUCCGGAUCUGUAUGGGGUUAUGGCCGAUUCCAAGGAUUACGAUGAACUGCUGUACGUGUGGAGAGAGUGGCGCGAUAAGACCGGGCGACUGAUGAAGAACGAUUACGCCGACUAUGUCCGGUUGAUGAAUAAGGCCGCCGGAGUGGCUGGAUUCGACGAUAUGGGAGGCUUGUGGAGGGAUGCGUUCGAGCAGGAGAACUUUGUCGAUGAAAUGAAACGCUUGUGGGGUCAGCUGAAGCCGUUCUACAGCGAACUGCACAAGUACGUCCGGAGGGAGCUGAUGCAGAUCUAUGGAGAUAAGAUGGAUGCCAAGAAUCCGAAUAUUCCUGCCCAUUUAUUGGGUAACAUGUGGGCACAGGCUUGGGGUAAUUUGUACGAUCGUAUUAAGCCGUUCAAAAACACGGUUGACCUGGAUAUCACGAAGGCACUGGUCGAGAAGGGUUACACAGUGAAGCAGCUAUUCGAAAUCUCCAAUGAUUUCUACGUAGGUCUAGGUCUUCCGGAUAAUAGUAUGAGCUACGACGAGAGUCUAGGGGCAGUGAUUGAGAAACCGACGGACCGAGUUGUGACUUGCCAUGCAUCGGCAUGGGAUUUCUGCGAUCGUAAGGACUUCCGUAUAAAGAUGUGCACUCGGAUGAACAUGGAGGACUUUAUCACGAUCCAUCACGAGAUGGGCCAUAUCAAUUAUUACCUUUUGUAUAAGGAUCAACCGGUGACGUUGCGAUCCGGCGCCAAUCCAGGAUUCCAUGAAGCUGUCGGGGACACGAUAGCCUUGUCGGUGGCAACACCGGCUCACUUCCGAAAGAUCGGACUGCUGGAGGACUAUGAGGAGUCAUAUGAGAACGACAUCAAUGCUCUGUUCCAGAAGGCAUUGGACAGGGUGGCUUUCCUACCCUUUGGACUGGUGAUUGAUAUGUGGCGUUGGGAGAUUUUCGCCGGUAAAGUAGAUUUUCCCAACUGGAACAAGCGUUGGUGGGAAUUGAGAGAAGAAUACCAGAUGGUAUCGGCUCCAGUUGAGCGUGACUUGGAUGCGUUCGACCCAGGCGCAAAGUAUCAUAUUCCAUAUGACAGCCAGUAUAUUUCCUACUUCAUCGCCCACAUCUUAGAUUUGCAGCUGCAUAAGGCUCUUUGUCAAGUGGCCGGCGAAUACGAACCGAACAAUUCGGACAAACCUCUUCACAAAUGUGAUAUCGACGGAUCGAAAGCGGCCGGUGACCGGUUGAGGGCGGGUCUGUCGUUGGGUCGUUCCGUCCACUGGUCCGAAGCGCUGCGGGAGAUGACCGGAGAAACAGAACUGAAAACCGAUGCCUUGUUGGAGUACUAUGCUCCUUUGUACGAGUUCCUAAAGAAAGAAAACGAGAAGGCUGCCGGUGCCACAUUAGCUAUUUCCUCCUUCCUAGUCAUGGCAGUGACCGGAGUGAAUCUUCUAAUGAAACUAUUGUAAAUUGUUAUGAACUAUUCCAGUGAGAGAAGUCUAUUAAAGUGCAAUAAAAUUGA